AUGUCUCUCUGCGCCAGAUGCCGUCUAUCAUGCCUCAGGCAAAACCUUCGUCCCAGGCAAAUAACAGCCACAGCCUCUCUAUCAACCAAGUCCUCACCAUCCUCAACAGCUCACGAGAUCCUCUCCAAGCCAACCUGGUCCGUCAGCUCCCUACUUCCAUCUGAAUCACACUCCGCACCAGAAGUCAUCACUCCCUCUCAAUUGCACCAUCUGCUGCGUCUAUCUGCGCUCCCCUUGCCCAAAACCCCAGCCGAGGAGCAGUCCAUGAUUGCGACGCUGCAGAGCCAGCUACAGUUUGCGCGGGCAGUGCAGAGAGUCGACACCAAGGGAGUGGAGCCUCUUCGAGCUAUUAGGGAUGAGACAGAAGCUGCAGUCAAAGAAAUAACCAUUGGAUUGCAAGACUUAGAGGAGGUGUUGGCGCAAGAGACCCUUGUCGGCCAUUAUCAAAGACCCAGGAGGGUCAAGGAGCGCAUUGAAUCCGACGCUGAGAACUGGGAUGUACUGGCAACGGCAUCAAGAACAGCUGGGAAAUACUUUGUUGUCGAGAGUGGGAAGAAAGCUGAAGCUGGGGAACCAUGA